GAAAAAGUUUAACCAAAUUCAUUAUCAGAAGUAUUCAGACUUCAACUGAACUGCAUAGAACCAAUAAAUCAGAGACAGAAGUCGUGUGACGUGGCAUGAAUGGAGGCGGGGAGACAAGACGGGAGAAUGAUGGACGGCGGGGCAGAGGGAAGCUGGUGUUGGUGGAGGCGGUCGUAAGAGGUCACGGGUGAUCAAUGUGAGGGUUAGGAUGGUCGUUGAGGAUUAUGGCGCGUCCUGGGAGGUUAUGGUGAUGGCUGAAAGGGUCCUUGCAAGUUAUGGGGGAGGUGAGAGAGUCUUGCAGUGUUACACUAACUAGGAUGGAGUCCACUGAGGAAUUGCGGGGAGAGAUGGAUGGCCUGCUGAGCACUGAUCUGGCUUUGAUAUUGCGGUACCUAUUAACCAGUCCAUUGAAGCUCUGUCGGAAUAUACCUGUGGAGACAGACGGCUGGUCCGUUACACCAUGCUUUGUCUUCUUCAUGCUGGAGACCAUGAGUCCAAGAAAUACAGUGGUUGCAUCUUGGUAAUUUUGUGUGUUUCUUAUGCAUGCGAGUGUAAGAAACAGUGCAUAUGAUUUUGCACAUUCAUUGUUUUAUAUGAGACUUGAAAGUACAACAGCUCAUCUCCAAUAAACAUCUCAUCACAGUUCACUCAUAUGGGUUAUUGAUCAAGUAUCCUGAUGUCACCACGAGACGCCACACCAAUAAAAGGGCAUUGCCAUUCCCUGAGGCCCUUUCUGAUCAUCUUUUGCUUUGCAAAACAAACAAUAGACUGAAAAAAAUAGUUACAAAACAUAUUGUGGACAUACUUCCGUAAGGGUUGGCGUCUUGCACUGCACACCGGUGGGCGUGGCUAAGAGGCGCCUGGGAGGAGUUCGGAGCCAGCCUGGACUCAGUAGCUGGUGGGUGUUCGGGACGUGUGCGUCCAGAGUGGCGUGGUGCUGGUCUCGUCUGCCAGUCCUCUGGCGGUACAGCCCAUGAAGGCAUAAAUAUUAUUACGUAAAGGAAGGUGAAUGUAGCGCAUCAUACAUACACUGAAUUACAUUGUUCGUUUACAAACUGUCACACAAACUUUCUGCAGCUUGUGAGUCGCGAGGAAGUUUUGGAAGUAUGAUCCGGCUGCUCUGCAACGUUUUUCUGCUGGCAAGUGUGGCAUCAGCACACUCCCAGCAAGACUUGCUGGACCGCUACAUGUACGAGCAGCAAGCGGCGGAGGAGCAAAACCAGGACGAGGAGGGACACGUGGGGUCAGAGACAUUGCUGCCUUCCUUCACCGCCGCAAGCCAGCACUUCUCGGUGGAGGUGGGCGGGGACAUUACCUUCCCGUGCCAGGUGAAGAACCAAGGAAGCCAUGUGUUAAUGUUCAAACAUGCUCUGCCCAACGGUGAACAUCGAAUGCUCUUCGUAGGAAACAUGGCUCUGAAGCCCUCGAAAAGACUGAUCAAAAGCGGGAACUCCUUCACCUUGCGCGGAGUACGAAGAAGUCACGCCGGCAAGUACGUGUGUCGCAUCGAGACGUCCCCGGCCAUCGAGCUGAUACACACCCUGGACGUGCAGUACCCUGCCACGGUAAGGAGGGUCAGCCCGGCCGUGCAGCAAGUCGUGCAAGGAUCGAGCGUAACCCUAGAGUGCCAAGCUGAUGGCAAUCCCCCAGCCGCCAUCAGCUGGAGCCGCCAGCAGGGUCACCUUCCCUCUGGGGCCCAAGCCGUAGAGGGCCUGAGUCUCACUCUAGAGGGCGUUGACCGGCAUGUGGAGGGAACCUACGUGUGCACGGCCUCUAACGGCGUGGGCCAACCCUCGGCCACCACCAUGGCCAUCGAGGUGCAGUACCCGCCGGACGUCAUCACGGAGGAGGCCAUCCUGCACACUGGUGAGGGUGACGAGGCGUCCCUGACGUGUGUGGUCCACGGCCGCCCUACACCCACCAUCACCUGGACCAAGGAAGACAACCCCGUGAUCCUUGACUCUCACGUGUCCUACCACCACAGCCUGCACCGCCACACCCUCACCAUCUCCACCGUCAGCCAGAACGACUUUGGGGACUACUCCUGCACCGCCAAGAACGCCCUGGGCAGCAUCAAGAAAACUCUCAGACUUACUGGAGUCCCCAAAGUACCAAGAAUCACGAGCAGCCCAGCAGGAGCAGACCGUACCUCAUACACCAUAGCCUGGCGGACUGAGAGCCACACGCCCAUUGUCAUGUACCGCCUGCAGUACCGCAUCUUUAUGGGAUACCCGCAUGACCAGUCUGAAAACCAGUGGAGCGUCAGCCUGCACUCUGCGCAGGCCACUGGGCGAGGGUCUUCCGGGCCCGAGCAGUACAUGAGCCACACCCUGCAAGGUCUUCACCCCUCCACAGACUACGAACUGACUGUCGCAGUGGAGAACAAAUUUGGAUGGUCCGCAAGAUCUGAAGUAUUUCGUUUCUAUACAAAGAAAGACAUGGGUAUGGGCCAUGCAGCGGGAAAGAGCAGCGCCAUCUCUGCUUCACAACUCAUCGUGUUUCUUCUGGCGGUGUUUUCAUCCUUAACUGCCCACUGCCUCUGAAUACUCAGGUAACUAACUUAUAAUUCCGUUUCUACCAUUGCCGUUUAGAAGAGGUAGAAGACAGAAGAAGCAGAAGAGGGAUUCACAUCAUUUUUUUUUUUCAUAUCUAACAAACAACUAAAGGCACUAAAACACUUUUGUUCCAGUAAUGAAGUAAUGAGGAAUAGAAGUGUCUACAGAGGUACAGGUCAACACAAUUUUGUCGUCUUCAAAACAAAAGUACAUUUUACGUUGUGACAUU